AGGCGGGCAGCCGGGAGGCCGCGGCCGCCGCCGCCGUGGCCGCCGCCGCCGCCGCCGCCGCCGCGGCCGAGCCCUACCCGGCAUCCGGGGCCAAGCGCAAGUACCAGGAGGACUCGGACCCCGAGCGCAGCGACUACGAGGAGCAGCAGCUGCAGAAGGAGGAGGAGGCGCGCAAGGUGAAGAGCGGCAUCCGCCAGAUGCGCCUCUUUAGCCAGGACGAGUGCGCCAAGAUCGAGGCCCGCAUCGACGAGGUGGUGUCCCGCGCCGAGAAGGGCCUGUACAACGAGCACACGGUGGACCGGGCCCCGCUGCGCAACAAGUACUUCUUCGGCGAGGGCUACACGUACGGCGCCCAGCUGCAGAAGCGCGGGCCCGGUCAGGAGCGCCUCUACCCGCCGGGCGACGUGGAUGAGAUCCCCGAGUGGGUGCACCAGCUGGUGAUCCAGAAGCUGGUGGAGCACCGCGUCAUCCCCGAGGGCUUCGUCAACAGCGCCGUCAUCAACGACUACCAGCCCGGCGGCUGCAUCGUGUCUCACGUGGAUCCCAUCCACAUCUUCGAGCGCCCCAUCGUGUCCGUGUCCUUCUUCAGCGACUCGGCGCUCUGCUUCGGCUGCAAGUUCCAGUUCAAGCCUAUCCGGGUGUCGGAACCUGUGCUUUCCCUGCCGGUGCGCAGGGGGAGCGUGACUGUGCUCAGUGGAUACGCCGCUGAUGAAAUCACUCACUGCAUCCGGCCUCAGGACAUCAAGGAGCGCAGAGCUGUCAUCAUCCUCAGGAAGACAAGAUUAGAUGCACCCCGGUUGGAAACAAAGUCCCUGAGCAGUUCCGUGUUACCACCCAGCUAUGCUUCAGAUCGUCUGUCGGGAAACAACAGGGACUCCGCUCUGAAACCCAAGCGGUCCCACCGCAAAGCGGACCCUGAUGCUGCCCACAGGCCUCGGAUCCUGGAGAUGGACAAGGAGGAGAACCGGCGCUCGGUGCUGCUCCCCACACACCGGCGGAGGAGCGGCUUCAGCUCGGAGAACUACUGGCGCAAGUCCUACGAGCCCGGGGAGGACUGCUCGGAGGCGGCAGGCAGCCCUGCCCGCAAGGUGAAGAUGCGGCGGCACUGAGGCCGGUGCCCUCUGGGGACUCGGCCUGAUCCUCACUAAGCUGCCCCUCCUUUUGUUUUGUUUUGAAGGUUUUUGUUUCUUUCUUUCUAUUUGAUCCUUACGUUUUUUUCCUUGGUUUAUUGCCUGUUAAGGCUGAAGAACAGAAUUGGCUGGGAUCUGGUUCUCAUGUUCUCAGUUUUUCUCCUGAAUGGAUCUAGAGGGGACGGAAGCUCAUGCUGGGGUGGCCAGUAGAGGUGUGGGGGGCAGCCAUUCUCAUGUGGGGCCGCGUCAGGCUGGGUUUAUUUAAGAGCAUCAAAAUGUUUUGGUUAAGAAAAAUUCUUGUUUUGCUUUAAAUGUAAAUCUCCUCCGUGUUGUAAAUGAAGUUCAGUCUCCUGCCCCCCAUCCCCCACUGAUGUCUGCACUGGGUUGAGGUCCUGCCUGCUCUGCAGGGGGCCUGCUGCCCUCCCACCUCUCCCCUGCUCUCUGGAUGCCCCCUCCUCCUGCAGCAGUUGUUCGGAAUGACCCAGCAGAGGCUUAAAAAGUGCCAGGCCCUGCUGCCCCAGAGCUGUUACUGUUCAAGACCCAGGGCUCCCUCCACACCCUCUGGCCUGCUCUGCCCACGGGUCCCUGGGCUGCUGAGGGCCCGGCUUCAGUGGUCCUGAUCUCUCGCCAAGAGCACGCCUCUGCUGGGUUGCUCCUUUCAAGCAUAUGCGUGUGAUCGUGCGGAACAGUUAGACUUGCCGUGUUGGGGCUGUUUUAGGAGUUGUUUCUAGCUGGAGGGGCUGGUGUCCUUCCAAGUCUAGCAUUUGGGGUAUGGAAAAUUGUUGUGGUGUGUGGUAGGGUUUUUCUUUUGUUCUGAGUUUUCAUUUUUUUCCUUUGGUCUCCUGGCUUUUUCCUUUCCCUUUCCUUUCUCCACGGGCCAGCUCAGGCCUUCUCCCUGUCAGCCCCAUAGGAGGGCACCCGCCUCCUCUGCCUGCCUGCAGUGCACAUCCAAGGCCAGAGCUCAGGCCUGCAGGCAGGGUUGGUGCCUCCUCUGCCUCAGGGGCAUGGGAGCUGGGGAAGGGCUUAAAAGAAAUAACAACAAAAGGAAAAAAAAAGCAAAGCCUUUGACAGUUUUCACCCACUCAGAUCCUCGUAGGUUGCAAGGUUUUGCUGAUCUGGGUUCAUUGGGAAUGUUUCCUUGCCAGCCAGGGCCAAGACCCAGGCCUGCUGAGAGCAGAGGCCCUCCCAGUCCCCGGGCUGCCACCAUCCCAGGGGCCUAGUCUUACAGAGGCUGCAGACAGCUGGGGCAGCCACCAUCAAGAAGCCCCUCUCGGGGGCCAGAACUCCUUUGCCAGCGUGGAUUCCUCAAGUCGGGACUGCAUAAUAACUAAAGCAGUUGCAGUUUUAUUUUUUUUACAGCUUUUUUCCCAAAAAUGAUUUGUAGUUGUGUGUGCAGCACUUUGCCCUGAUAUGUGUGCUCUACAAUAAAAACCAAAUCUAAUAUAUUUUGAAACAGUGGUCUGAUGCUGUCGUAAGAAAGGACUUGCCUUUGGUUCUUCCUUAACCCCUCUGUGUUGUCCUGAAACUCUGAGGGGCUGGGUGGCGGGGUCCAUUGUCCACCAGGAACCCAGGGAACAGCAGCAGUUGCCGACACAGGGUUGAGGGCAGACUUGCCCAGUGCCUUUUCUCCACUGCAAGGAGGAUGGACUUCGUAAGCCUUGCGUCCAGGUGCCCAGGGCACCGUGGGCCCCCUGGAGCCAGGAGCAUACCCUGCUGAGUUCUGGAAGCCCUUCUUCCUGGGGUUGGUCAGAGGGGCUGUGAGCUGGUGGAGGAGGAACAUGGUGUGAGCAAAGGCAGGGGAGAGCCUGGCCUUUGAAGAAAAUAUGCAAGAGGUUUUGCUUAUUAAACAAAUCCUUGAGUUUGAACUAUUUGCUCGCCAAGUCCUCCCUGUGGCUCAGGAGGGAGAAGAGCUCUCGUGGCCCAUGUUUUCAAGAUGUGUGCAGUAGAGCUGACAGCUGUGGGGACUGGCAUCUCCAGAGGAGACCCUGGAGCUGAGAGGGGAAGGUCCAGACUGUGGCUGAGGUGGCACAUCCCCCAUGCUGUGCCUGCGCCUGGAUCUGGGGUCAUGGGAUGGGGGCUCAUGGAGGGCAACGCUGAUGGGAGAGACUCUGCUGCAGCUGUGACAAAUCCAGACCCAGGAUCUUCCUGGUCUGAGUGAAUGAGGCCCUUUGCCCUACAGGAUUGAGGGACAGGAGACUAGAGGAGAGGGCUUCCAGCCGAAGUGUGUCUUUGUCUUUGGUUUUUGUACCUCACAGUGGUUCCAUGGCACCCCAUCUCUGGGGCUGUGGUAGUCCUCUGAGCAGCCUCCAGCCGGUGAGGGUCCCAUAUCUGACUCCCUGAGUCUGGCUGUUCCCAGCUGUCUGAUCUGCCGGGACACCAGCUGUUUGGGCCAGGUACUGAGUUCCAGCAGUCUCUGCCCCCAGCCCAGUCUUGGAUCCAGUAGGUGCUCUAACAGCAUCUGGCUCUAGCCCUUCCCAUCUGGGGAGCCCGUCCCAUUCCUCCAACCCCGACCCUGUUGUGUGGUGGGGGAAGCUGAGUGUCCGGCUGUGCUGAUGAGCUCUGCUGAGGGUACAAGACAGACCUGGAGUGUCACAUGCACAUGUAAGGUUAUUGUGAAUCGUGCUGACAGAUGUGUAGCGCAUAAAUUACAAAUAGCAGAACACAGUGCUUUUUUUUUAAUGAAUUCUGUUUAGCCAGUCGUUCCUCACAGAACGCUUCCCCUGCGUUGUGCUGUUGCUGAGCUCCUGUCCUUGUAUUGCAGCUUACCUGCGGCUGUAAUUCAGCCAUGGCGGGCACGUGGAGUUGCAUCCCACCUGCUUGUCUUAGUCUCCCGGGGCCGCUGUAACAAAUUACUACACAUUUGGCGGCUUAAAACAGAAAUUUGUUUUCUCACAGCUCAGAGGUCAGAAACCCAAAAUCACUAUUACUGGACUGCAGUCAAGGUGCUGGCAGGCUCCUGCUCCUGCCGGAGGCCCUGGUCCUCACCCCCGGUGGCUUGUGGUGGCUGCUGACCUCCUGGCCACAUGACUCCUAUCUCUGCCUCUGGUCUUGUGGCCUCUUCUGUGUACCAAAUCUCUUCUGCCUCUCCCUCUAAAUUACUGCACAUCUGGAUAACCAAAAAUAAUCUCUCUUUGUAAUCUUGAACCACACCUGCAAAGUUAAAAAAA